AUGGACAAGACGAAACCCGGAGGGGCCGGCAAGGCUAAGGUAAAGGUGAAAAAUACCACCAGCAAGACGGGCAAGCCUCAGAAGCAGAUUGUGUUUCCUGAGGAGGAUUACAAUAUGCCCAGCAAUAGACAGUCUCCUGUUGGUUACACCACUGAAGUCCAAACAGAUGCCAACACUCAGAAGAAGAAAGUCAUUGUAUCCAAAGCUAGUCCACCUAAGGCACAAGCAACAAAGAAGCCGAAGACGAUCACAAAGAAUGAGAACACUCCAAGAGAUGAGACCUACAUGGACGGGAACUUGCUUACAAUCGACGGUGCUCCGAAGAGUAACGAAACUAUCCCCACGCCCGUAAGGUCUUCUGUCGACAAACCAGAGCGAUCAACUAAAGUCACAACCACAACGAAACGAAAGAAACCGAGUGAGGGAUCACCACCACAGAAAGUACCAGCAGCAAAGGGAUCUGACAACUCCACUGCCUCACCAGAAAUAAAACAGCCAAAAUUAAAUAAGACGAAAGCACCAAGUAAGCCGAGACCAGUAGCAGCGAGUAUGCCAAACUCGAUGUCCAGUGUGAAGACUGCUGUGACUAGCAGAACGGAAGUGGCACCAACGAAAGCACAAAAGAAAGAAAACUACAGUGGACCAGCCCGUGACAGUCACCUUCUGGUCCUCCAUGACUACCAGGCCAGGAUGAAGGGAGACAUGGACAUAAGAAGGGGCGAAAUCCUUUUAUUAGUAGACGCUAAAGAGGCCGACUGGUGGGUGGCCAAACAGAAGCAUGGGACACGACAGGGCUACAUACCUUCUGCCUAUGUGGCGAGGGAGGGAACCAUGAACAUAUAUCCGUGGUAUGGUGGUCAGAUUUCCUUACGUGAGAGUGAACGACUGCUGAUGAGACCACGACUUAUAACGGGAACUUUUCUAAUACGAAAACCAGAGACGGGAGUUAAGGGUUAUUUUCUGUCGAUGAGAUACAACCAAGACAACAACAACGAGUCGGUGAAACACUAUAGAUUGAAAGAAACAGUAGAAAAUGGAGCUUUGUCCUAUUACCUCACUCUCCAGCGUUCCUUCGAGAGUCUCCCUCAGCUGGUGAUGCACUACAUGGGAACAUGGAACAAGAAUACAUUUAUUGCCGUGAAAACACUGCGUCCUGGUUCAAUGUCGCCUCAGUCGUUUAUGGUAGAAGCACAUAUUAUGCGCCAGUUAAAACAUACCAACCUUGUGCGUCUAUACGCCGUUUGCUCACAAGAUGAGCCCAUUUACAUCAUCACGGAAUAUGUGACGAAAGGCAGUCUCGCAAAAUUUCUCAAAAAUAAGGAAGGGAGGAAACUUAAACUUCCCAAUCUGAUAGACAUAGCUGCACAGGUUGCCAGUGGAAUGGCCUAUCUAGAAACGAAGCGUUUCAUUCAUCGAGACCUGGCAGCAAGAAAUAUCCUCAUCGGUGACGGAAACAUCGCGAAGGUUGCCGACUUUGGAUUGGCUAAAAUCAUCGAGGGGUACGAUUACCAAAACCCGCAUAUGAAUAUGAUGGGUAAUAUUUUCCCUAUAAAGUGGACGGCGCCCGAGGCGGCUUUUUUAGGCAAAUUUACAAUGAAGUCUGAUGUGUGGUCGUACGGUAUUCUACUAAUGGAAAUAAUCACGUACGGACAAGUGCCUUAUGCUGGCAUACGAAGUGACCAGAUUCUAAAGAAGAUUGAGAAAGGCUACAGAAUGCCAAUUCCAAGGAACUGCCCCCAACCUGUGUACAACAUCAUGAUGCGUACAUGGGACGUUAAGCCUAAAAAGAGACCUUCUUUCGACUACUUGUAUCACUUCUUUGAUAGUUAUUAUUAUAAUUUGAAAAAGGACAAUUUCCCAAUUUAA